UUAUUAGACUAGGCACAACUGUUCUAAUAUCUUUUUCAGUUUCCUUUGAAUGUCUAAUGUGUUACUGAAUUACUUUAAAUGCAUUAUUCUCGUGAUGGCAGUGUUUGCGUUUGAAAUUGUUAUAUUUCGUCACAAUAAUCUGACGAUGUUUGAAUAUAAUGAAAGCCACUCGUUUUGAUAUAACAAAAUGUUUUUACAGUGUUUUUAAUGCGUCCAUUUGACGCAGCUAUUUUUGUGUUACUACUUGUAUUGUUUGUUGCGGAGUGUAAAUAAUUCUGUAACGUGACGAGAGGAAAAACUAAUACAUAUUAAUUAGGGCAUGAACGUAAUGUCGUUUGUUUUCCCGGGCGUUAAGCUACGUAACGUACUUAAUAUUCAUGAGCCAGCCAGUUCAGUUACUAGGCAACCAGUAGAAAACAAACGAGGCUCUUGUGGGCAAGGCGGUAGUGGAGAAAGCCAACUAUAAACACCCAAAUAAUAAAUGUUCAUAAAAAUGCCCGGCACGUCUAUCUCGGAGGACAUCGAGCCCCCAACCCAUGAUGAAAUUUCGGAGCUCCAAAGAAAAAUUCAUCUUCUGAAUGGAGACUAUUCGAUAGCGCAUAUUGAAAACUCUCAGUCUGCCAAGAACAUAGAAACUAUCAUGCAGCUGAGACUUGAGAAUACAAACCUGCACAAGAAUCAGCCUGAGGGAGAUGAACAAGUUAUCAAGGAUGUUAUUCAAGGCCAUGGGAUGGAGAAAGAAUCAUUCAGGAACAUGUCUGUGAAGGCAGCUCAGACGGUGCUAAAGAAGCAGGUGUGUGAUAAAAUGAAGAAGCAGAAUGCUAUGAAACACACCACUCAGACACAGAUGCAGCAUUUAGAGGACUUGAAGUUCCUGGUACUGAAGCCACAGAACAGUAGCCCUCUGCCUGACACCCAGAAAGGAGAGGAGGACAAGAAACUGCGCAUUCUGGAAAACAGUUUGGAGAAAUCACAGCUGAAAUACCAUGAAGCGGUGCACAUAACGCGAGGAUACCGCAAGCUGAAGGAGCACCUACAGGUAUCAGAGCAAGAUGAUAAAUAUCUGAGUAUUUUCCGUGGUUUUUGGCAGAUGAAGGAUCCAGCAGCACGGCUGCCUUUAGACUCAGAAGAACACAUGCUGCAGCUGAUGUCUGAGGCUGAGCAGAAACUGAUGCUGCUAAAGGAGGAACUACAGGGCAAAGAUCUGGCAACUGUCAUGAAGGAGUUGGAGGAAGAAGAGUUCCAUGCCAGAAUAGCAGGGAAACUACCCCAGAGCAACACUCGCAUUCAGCUGCCUGAGGCCCAGAAACAGGACUUUUUUGAUGAUGAGGAGGACAGCGGCGUUGAUGACGGUGAUGUCACCAACCGUGUCACACUGAAGCACCAGUCGCAGUCAAUCAUUGACGCAAACACCAGGAGGAAGACUCGCAUCAAAAAGAGGAAAGGCCAACUCUGAUCUGAUCCAGUCACAGGAGAGAUAAUAAACAUCUGACAGCAUUUAAAACAUGAUCAGCUGUAGCCACACAUUUCCUAAAAGCUUUAUCUCCAUUCAACAUGUCUGUGAAUUCACACUUAAGAAAAUAAAUGAAUUAUU